UUUUUCACUCUCAAACCCAUAACCAAAAGGCUCUAUCACGGAAAACUUAGUGCAAUUGACAAAGCAAUAUGGAGGAGGAUGAGAUAGUCAGAGAUAAUAAAAGAGAUGAGAAGAUUUCUCAUUAUCUUUGGUGUAAAAUUUUACCCGAAGACGCUGAGUUAAUGUUCCCUACAGCCACCAGUACAUUUAUGAUAAUUCGAGAUUCCAAUUCUCGAAUUCCAUUAAUUGAUAUUCAAAAUAAGUUAGAAAGUAUUCUUGCAGUUUUUGAUAAGCAUUAUCCAUUUCGGUGCGAAACACCACUUGUUGUAAGUCAAAAACAUACAUACCGCAAUAAAGAUCGUAAGAGAAUAAUAACUCAUUACAUCUAUGUGGAAUUGAAGUAUGAUGAAUAUGAUGAUGAUCAAUAUAUUUUACAAGAUAUUAUGUUUAAAUUAAGUGAACAGAUCGAAGGAAUCUUUAUUAAAUGUUGGAGUUCUGUUUGGUUUGAAGUUUUACUCUCCCGAUUUUAUCAUGAAAGUAUGCAUCCUUGUCUUAAAAAUCCUUCUGCUGCUUCUCAUAGAGUUUGGAUUCAUAAUGGUCGCAUAGUAUAUAUUAAUUAUGAUAAUGUUCCGCCUCGUACAAGAGAAUUUAAAUUAUCAAGAGCUAUUAUUAAGUUAAGAGCAGGUCAUUAUCAAGAAGAUCCAUUCUUAUCUAAAAAUAGAGAUGAAGUUCCAUAUUUUGAUGCUUUACAAUAUAUUUAUGAUCGAGAAAUUUUACUUACUCCAUCCGAUCGAGCAUUUAUUAGUGCCAGACCUGAUUUAUUGUCUAGAAUAAUAAAUACUGUAAUGACUAAUGGUUUUACAACAUCUUAUCCGUCUAAUACUGUACCUUGUACAGUAUCUAUGAGUAUACUUUCAGCCUUUGAAUUAAAUGCCAUGGUUCAAAAGCAAAAGAAUAAUGGUUGGAUUAAUGGAAAUAUCACGGAUAAGAAGUAUAUGUCGGGAUUAAUCACUUAUGCUAUAGAAGAAUAUAAGAAACAUAAUCCUAUUACAUAUGGAAUGAGUGCAAAAGAAUCUAAUCGUGAAGAUAAUUCCAGAUUAGUAUUACAAAAGAAAUUAAUAGAUAUGAAGUUAUUAGAUAAAGAAAUCGAUAUUCUGACUAAAUUCGACGAACAAGUCACUCAAGAUAAAAUGGAUGAACACAUUGAAGCUGGUCAAUCUAAACUAACUAUAUUGACUGCAGAUAUUCUUAGCGGUUUAAGUAAAGGUAAAUUACAGGGCUACUUUUCCGAUACUGACUUCCCUGAAAAGUAUGAAGAUGAACAUGAAGAUGAAGACGAAGAAGAAGAAGAAGAAGAUGAUGAUGAUGAAUUCAAUCGUUCAGUUUCAGUCCAUUCAAGUGAUGAUGAAGAAUUUGAUAUUAUUCGUUCAAGAUUACAUCAAGUAAAGCAAAUACUUGAACAGGAUCCUCACGAUAAUAUUAGUUUUGAACGUGAAAGGAUUUACUUCAGUGAUGUAAAUGAAUUAUAUGCUCAAGGAAUCACUCCCAAGGAUGAAGAUUGGGAGUAUUAUUAUCAUCCAGAAUCGAGUCAUCCAUAUUACUAUGAUCCUGAAACUCUCAGUGUACAAGAUAUUGAAACCUAUACUGAUAAUAGUGAUUAUGAGAGUAUUUAUGACAUUGAGCCAAGUACAAACAUUAGAGGGUAUGUAGGAUUCCUUGAAUUUCGUAAUAAAGUUCUUCAAUUUAAGAGAAAGAGUCGUAGAGAUUAUGCUGAGUUGAUGGGUUUAAAUAAACAGGAAAAUGAUGGUAAAGAUGAUGAGGAUGAAGAGGAUAAUGAUGAAUACUUAGAUAGUGAUGAUGAAGAUAAUAAAGGAAUCAGAAAAGAUGAGUCGCAACAUGGUUUAGAUAUACAAGACCAAAUCAUUGAUGUUGACAAUGAACCAGAUGCUGAAGUUUAUCGAGAUAUAGAAGCAGAAAAGGCUUCAUUAAAUAGAUUCAUUGAUUAAAUUAUGU